AUGGGAGUCCGGGCUGCCUUUCUCCAUUUUACCCAGAAGCGAGGGGUUCUGAGCCCAGAUGCCUUCUCAAAUGUGUCCAGCUCCGGACCACUUGGCAUUGUGAGUGUCCCACGCCCAGUCCUGUUUCCAGCAGAGCGGGUGGGCAGAGCAUCUGCCUCUGCAGCAGGGGUUAAGGUGCACUCUCAGUGUGUCAGGUAUGGGAGGAGGCAGCCUGAAUGCUUAGGUAGCCAUGGCCAGCCCAACAGUGUGUCAGACAGUCUCGGUCAGAGGGGCAGCUCCACCAGGCAUAGUGGCUCCCAAAGCUGGCAGCCGUGGGUCUCAGCCAAGGUGUUGCCCAUGGAAGGAGUCAGGGGAGCAUGCGUGCCAGGCCUCCUGGCAUGGGCAGGUAGCACUCUGUCUAGUACACACACACACACACACACCCUGUAA